AAUUCUCUCCAGUUCAGCCUCACCUAAUAAUAACAUUGUCUUUUUUUCUUACUUCACAUUUCCUGUAUUUAAUUAUACAUAGCGUAAAAUCCGCCAAGGAUCGCUUUCUAUUUUACAUUUGUAAUAUCAGGAAGUGUCAAGAGAACAUUUUCAUGACAUGUCCGCGGACCUCUUCGCCGCAUUCGAGGACGCCCCGAAGCCUCCUACGUCAAAAGAGGAACAACCGAAGCCCAUAACCCAGGCUUCUCCGUUUACCCCCAACCCUUUCUCUUUCGGAUUUAACAAUGCUGAAAAUACUAGCGCCCAAAUAGGACAACAUACCCUUGCUCCUACUCAGAAUUGGGGUAUUGGGCCAACAUCGCGAACCAGUCAGCUGCCGAGUACAUCAGGCACAAACAAUUUGACAAGCGCGCCACCGCAGCCUGCAGGUCAGUCAAAGGCCCAAGAGGUAAAAAAUGAAGAAGAUGACGACGAUGAUGGCUGGGGCGAUUUCGAAGUUGCACCAAAUGUGAGUCAAGCGCUUGUUGCUUCAUCGACGGGCGCGGAUCUAUCGGGAUCAACGGUGAAAAAGCCGCAAGACCCACCAACGUUACCGCGAACGAGGGUUGUGCGGGCGUCAACGAUCGAUCUCAUGACAAAUAGCCUUCUUGACUUCGCCAAUUCACCCGUUGCACAAGGUGGAACGAAGGUAUCAUCAUGGAAGGAAGCUCCAUCUAAACAGGCCAAAACACCUACGCCUAAUAUAGCACCCUCAAAAGCGCCCCAGAAAUAUUCUAAUGCCGACCCAAACGUCUUAUUCGACGCUGAUGACUUCGAUGGAGAUCAAAAGGAUGACGAUGACUUUGGGGAAUUUGAAACGGUCGCCUCUCCGGUCCAAGCAACUGGAGAUCUCCUAUCAAUUGAUUCAUAUUCAUCUCCAAAGAUCACGGAAACCCGUGCUUCCCAAAUGCUUUCCGGGUUAAAUCUAUCGGAAUCUGCUUCUUAUUCAAAACCACCACGAUCCCCCUCAUUCCAGGAUAGGAAUCCCUUUCCCGGGCUGGCUGUUUCUCCACCUCUAAAGACCAAAAAGCCACCUACAAACGAGCCAAAACCUUCGCCCGUGACCGCAUGGCCAUCUAUUGACCCGGCCAAUUCUAAGAACAACGAUGGUUUUGGCGAUGAUUGGGACGCAUUCGAUAGUCUCCCAGAUGAGAAAACCAAGCCCAAAUUGGACAACGACAAUUCAAAUUGGGAUUGGGACUCGAUAGAGCCAGCUCAAGAAAAAUCGACGACUAGCCGAAAACCUACAACAGCAUCGGCGCCUAAAGAUUCGUCUUGGGACUGGGACCCUAUUGGUACGAAAACCGAAAAGCAGGCCGACUCAUCAAAGGAUAGCUUGCCACCCACUAACAUCCCCCCACCGUCUAUAUUGUUGUCAGUAUUUCCACAGUUAUUUGAACAAGCGAAUACAUCGUUGUACAAGCCAGUGAGCGGACAGACUUUCUCCAUAAAGAACCGAAUUCUAUCGGACCCGAAGACUAUUGAUUUCCUGAGAGGUUACCUCGCCCUAGCAACAGUCGUGGCCCGCAUUAUCGCUGGUCGUAAGCUGAGAUGGCACAGAGAUAAGUUUUUAGCCCAAAGAAUGUCUAUAUCGGCUGCAGGAAGUAAAGGAAUGAAACUUGCCGGUGUAGAUAAGACACAAGCUGCUCACGAAGACCGCGAGGCGGCUGACGUUGUAGCCAAUUGGAAAGAACACGUAGGCCGUCUUCGCUCCGCUGUCGCCGCCGCCAAUUCAUCAAUCAAGAAUAGCGUGGAGCAAUUGAAAAUCCCCGAAAUUACCGAGUCAAUGCAUAUCCAGACCGAGAAGAUGGUGCCGACUGCACCUAAAUCAUGCAUGGUUUGCGGCCUAAAGCGCAAUGAGAGGGUUGCAAAAGUCGACUAUGAAGUGGAAGAUAGUUUUGGCGAAUGGUGGGUUGACCAUUGGGGACAUCUGGCAUGUAAGAGAUUCUGGCUACGGCACGAGAACGCCCUACGGCAGAGAUGAACUUCACGACAUAUCCUAGGAAAUUAGUCAAUCCGUACCGGACUAAAUUUAAUUCAAGUAUCUCCGGCUGUUAAUUGAACUAAGAACUAUGCUCGAUUUAAUAGUCGAGGUAGUUCGUACCGAGUUCGGUCACGGUAAUCAAGCGCGUCAAACACACCUGGUCACGAUGCUCGGACUUUCUUGAUUCAAGUGUCUCAAAGCGCACUUCUAGGAUAUGCCAUUGCGUCUACUACCAUCCUCCACGUGCAACGCUGGACGAGAUAUGAAUUACACGGAGAAAAAUGUUACAUAUCCAGAGUAGAGGCCACGCAUCUUAAACCGUUCACCAACAACACCUUCCGCAUAUUCUACCCCACAGCAAGCGACAAGCAGAUGUUUGCAAUGGUCUUGUAACCGACCAAUUGGUUUCCUCCGGACAAGUACCCCAUGUUCUCGGAUUCUUUCUUGAGGGGAUACAUCACAGCAAACAUUUCCUCGGAGCUUUUUCCCUCAUGGACUCGAAAUAUUUCGUUAGCUACCACGGUAAGUGGAGUGUGCCAUCAAUCCAGCAAAAUAUAGCAUCGUGAGUAUGCUUUGUUUUGUCUAUGGCACCCG